GCGAUCAGAAAAGCUCGCGCGCACUUUGAAGUGAAUCAAGUCUACCGUUUUACGCGCCACCUCAGAUUAAAACGCGACCGACGAGGACGUCAAUCAAAAAAAUAACCGCGCGUCAGGUCCUUAAUCAAUCUCGAAGGAAACCCUCAUCAUCAUUUCGUAUUACUUCCAUGGGUGAUUAGAUUUUAUAUAAAAAUAAAUACUCUUAACACUUUGUCAUCAUCGACAAUGUCGGAUCACGAAUUAAGUGAAGAUGAACGCGAAAUAAACGUUCUGGACACUGACAGUCGGUUAUCGCACAGUGAUAGUGAACCGAGGAGUCCCCGCAGCGCCCGUAGUCACUGUUCAAGCCCGGAAAAUUUACCGACGACACAUUCAUCAAUGACAUCAACAACAACGUUGCCAUUCAGUAUAUCAAAUCUACUGGGUAAGAAUUUCGAGGAGAAGACAGAAGAUAACGAAAGAUCUGCCAGAGAUCUUUAUGAACAGGGACUUUUGCAAAGGGGGGCCGCGUUGAGCGGUUUUGUUCCUUCCGGGUUUUAUGGACAGGGUGUUUUGAGAGUUCCGGCUCAUAGACCGUUGGGUGGUAGCAGUCCUGGGGCGGUUUUCACACCGUGGGCACUCGGCCUUGAUCCGGUCCUGCAAAGAUCCGCCGCUGCCGCCGCUUUUGCAUCUCAAGUUGUUAAGGACAGAUUAGCAGUGUUUCCUAUGACGAGAAGAAUUGGACAUCCGUACCAAAACAGGACACCUCCCAAACGAAAGAAACCGAGAACGUCGUUCACAAGACUUCAAAUAGCCGAAUUAGAGAAACGAUUUCAUAAACAAAAAUAUUUAGCGUCGGCGGAAAGAGCAGCAUUGGCAAAAACUUUGAAAAUGACCGAUGCUCAAGUGAAGACGUGGUUUCAAAACAGGCGAACGAAAUGGAGACGCCAAACUGCCGAAGAAAGGGAAGCGGAAAGACAAGCGGCCAACAGACUAAUGCUGUCGUUACAAGCAGAAGCUCUCAGCAAAGGAUACAUGCCGGAGAACUCUUCGCAACCUGCCGGUCCAUCCGAUACGGCUUUAAGCGCUUUACAAAACUUGCAACCUUGGGCCGGUCCAUAUAACACACCACAACCUGCUUUGGCAGAAUCUAUGUGCUAAUAAACUGAACCAAUGAGGACAAUCAAGAAGAGAAUGUGCUCUAAGUUUUGUGAAAAGACAAAAAAAAGACACGAAAAGCUGUGUAGUGCAAUAGGUUGUUCUGUUUGUUCCCGUUAAUAUUAAUUUUGCUUAACAAAAAAUUAAAAAAAACUUUUUGUGAGA